ACAAUUAUAAUAUUAGGAACAUUUCAAUUUUGAUCAUGUUUCGUGAUAUAUUAGGUGUUUUUCUUAUAUAUUUAACAUCCUUCAGUUUUGCCACUGAAUACCAAUAUAAUGGGGGACACCAAAUCCCGUCAAUUGGACUUGGAACAUUUACAGCUACAGAUGAGACGCAAUUGACAGAUGCCUUAAACAAAGCAUUAGAAAUCGGAUAUCGUCACAUUGAUACUGCCUCUGCGUAUAACAAUGAGCAUAUAAUUGGAAAGGUUUUGAAAGAGUGGAUCUCAUCGGGUAAACUAAAAAGAGAGGACAUUUUUAUAACUACGAAACUUAGCAGUGUCGACAUGUACUCAGAUAAAGUAGAAAAUGCCCUAAAAACAUCAUUACAAAAACUUCAACUCGAUUACCUAGACUUAUACUUAAUACACAAUCCUAUUGCAAUGAAAUAUAUAAACCAAAAGAUUGUUACUCAGCCAACUGAUUUAAUAUCCGUUUGGAAGAAAAUGGAGGAGCAAGUCGAUGCCGGAAGAGCUAAAACAAUUGGAUUGUCAAAUUUUAACAUCUCUCAAAUUGAAAGGAUUCAGAAAAUUGCCAGAAUUCCGCCAGUAAAUUUGCAAGUAGAAAUUCACGUAUAUUUUCAGCAACCUGAUUUACGUGAAUUUGCUAGAAAGAACAAUAUCACAGUGGUUGCUUACUCACCUUUAGGAACUCCUGGUGUAAAGAAAUUUUUCGAGUCAAAGAAUUAUAAUGUAAAUCUAUCUGUACCAGAUAUUUUAAACGAUAAUGUUGUUACACAAAUCGCUAAAAAACACAACAAAUCUAAUGCGCAAGUAUUACUUCGGUACCUCGUUCAACUAAAUACAGUAGUCAUUCCCAAAAGCACGAAUCCAAAACGACUAAAAGAAAAUUUUAGCAUUUUUGAUUUUACGUUAGACGAGGAUGACAUGAAUGCUUUAAAGAAACUGGAUAGAGGACCAAAAGGAAAAAUAGUUAAGUUGGUGGAAAUUUUCCCAGAUGUUGAUAAGCAUCCGGAAUAUCCAUUUCACGAUAGUCUUUAGACAUUAUAUAUUGUUGUAAUAAAUAAAAAGAUU